CGAAUUUACGGCUUCUCGGCAUCAGAUAUAUUUUACAUUUCCGUGCUAUUUGUAAUAGAUGUAACAUAUUUAUCACAUAUUUAUCUUACUAAAUUUUAAAACAUAUAUUUAGUUGCAUUAUUAUAAUUCAACACGUACUAUAUAAAAUAUAAAUUAAAUUAUUGAAAAGGCUUUGUCUCUAAGUAGUGUGAAAAUAAUGGAAAUUGUGGAAAAUGAUAAAUUUGUGGAAACAGUAAGAGGACCUGUACUGCUGGAUAACCUCGGUAUUACAUUAACGCACGAGCAUCUUUUUAGCUACUUUACCAAUUGUUUUAAGCGUUCUCCGUAUUCGCAUGAGCUUUCGAGAGAUCAUACAACAAUUACAAUGAAAGGUAGCGGCUAUCUUAAUCUAUAUCCGUAUAGUAAUAUGAAAAAUUUGAAACUUAUUUAUGAGAAUGAAGAAAUUAUUCCAAAUGAAAUAUUAGAGUUUACAUUACCUGAUGGGCAAACAAUUGUGGAAAAUAGUAAUUAUGGUUUGAGAUGUUUUAACAUAUGGGACCAAUACGUAAAUGUGUCCAUAGAAGAGGAAAUUAACAUAAUUCUUGGAACAGGAUAUUAUGUUGCUCAGACGCAACUUGCAUCAACCUUAAAUAUGUCAAAAGAAAGUAUGUAUAAUGUUAUGUGUAUGGAAUUAGAAAAAGGUAUUGUAAAUCGUGAACUCUAUCAAAGUUCCAAAAUAAAAGCAGGAUUUAUUGGCGAAGUGGGCAGUUCUUGGCCAAUUCAUGCUUUUGAAAAACGUUCUAUUUCUACAACUGGCGAAGUGCAAGAAAAAUUGCAUUGUCCUGUUAGCUUUAGUCCUGGAUCGAAUGCAUCUGCACCUAUGGAGAUAAUGCGAAUCUAUCAAGAGGCCGGAGGGAACGCUCGCAAAGCCAUUAUGUGUCACGUUGAUC